UGUCACUUCAACAGAUUUCUGCACAUUCCACUUCAAACUGCAGCUGAGCUCAGAGCAAUGUACCCUCAAAGUUACCCAAGUGCUUUGGUUCCACUGCAGGGGGUACCGUAUGGACAGUCUGAACACCCUGGAAUAGUUCAGCACACCACUGUGAACAUCAUCGCUGAGCCCCCAAAGGACCACAUCAUCUGGUCCAUCUUCAGCUUGUUCUACAUGAAUUCCUUCUGCCUUGGACUGGCAGCUCUCAUCCACUCCAUCAAGGCCAGAGACCGGAAGAUGGUUGGAGAUCUGCCAGAGGCCCGAUGGUAUCGUUCCACUGUCCGCUCCCUCAACAUCGCUGCCACCGUGGCGACUUGUGUCAUCGUCCUUAUUUUCAUUAUUACAUUCAGUGUCAUUGCUGCACAGGAAAAUUAUUACUACAGUAGAUACAAUUCAUAUGGCUAUUACAGACGGUAAAUGUCACAUUGUGGAAGUGAGGCUUGUAGCUUCUCUAACUUUUUACAUCUUUAUACUUACAUGCUGACACCAAAAAAAGAUCUGCAUUCCAUUGGUGUAACAAGAGACUGAAAUGGAACUCAUCUAUAUUUCUCUGGUGACAUUUUAACAUUUUACCUUAUAAAUUCUC